UGCGCAGGUACCUGCGCAUGUGACAACAGAGACAGAGUGAAUGUUGGUUUUUCUCUGUUUCAUAUCUCUCUAAAUUUCUCUUUAUUUUAUUUUAUUUUUUUGAGUAAAAUGCCUCCAAAGGGUAAAGGUGGUAAAGGUGAGAAAGGAGCAGCUGCAAAAAGCGCAGACGUGGAUAAGAAAGACAAAACAGCUAAAGGAGGCACCGCUGUGAAGGUUCGACACAUCCUUUGUGAAAAACAUGGAAAAUGUAUGGAGGCAAUGGAGAAGCUGAAGGCUGGCGUCCGUUUCAGUGAAGUGGCCUCACAGUUCAGUGAAGACAAAGCAAGACAAGGAGGUGAUCUGGGAUGGAUGACGCGUGGAUCGAUGGUUGGACCUUUCCAGGAGGCAGCAUUUGCCCUGCCUAUCAGCUCCAUGGAUAAACCUGUCUACACAGACCCUCCUGUCAAGACUAAGCAUGGCUACCACAUAAUUUUGGUUGAGGGGAAAAAGUGAUUCAACGGUGGAUAUUGGAACGCAGAUUCUGUAUUUUCAAAUGAUGUUUUCUGAUUUUCUUCUCUCUACAUUUUGCUAAAUGUUAAAUAGGGAUAAUGAUUUAAAAUAAACGUGUGUAAUUCUGCCAGUUUUUCUUUUGCGAAAUGUACAUUAGUGCACAGACAACUCACACAACUACCUGGGGUUUUCUUUUCUGUUUUGAUAAUGUUUGCGGAACUUAAACCACAAAUGGGCAAAUAAAUUAAUUUUCACUCA